GGUUCCGGUCCUUUCGCCGGUUGUGCAGUGUGUGCAGAGCAUGGAGGGGUCGCUAGCUCAGUAUGAGGAGAGGCUGCGGCAGCAGGAAACUGAGAUCAAAUCUCUGGUUGCGGAGAUAGAAAUCUUGAAAAACUCUGGGUUUGUUGGAGAGACACCAAGCUUAGAGGUUCUAAGGGAAGAGAACACCAAGCUAAAGUAUCGUCUGAACAUUCUUCGUAAAAGUCUUCACGAAGAAAAAAGUAAGUCAUCAACAAGCAUGAUCAACAUCAAUGCCCAUCUUCAGGAUGUCUUUGGCGUUGCCAUCAGAACCGCUUAUCCUGAUUUGGAAAAUGCCCCCCUGGCUGUCACACCAAGCCAACAAGGAAAAUUCGGGGAUUAUCAGUGCAAUAGUGCAAUGGCAAUUACACAGCUGUUAAAAGCUAAGGACAUAAAAGUAAGCCCAAGAGAGAUUGCUGAUAACAUUGUUAAAAAUGUUCCCAGCAAUGACUUGAUUGAGAAAAUGGAGAUCGCUGGCCCAGGCUUCAUCAAUGUUCAUUUGCGAAAAGAUUUCAUAUCAAAACAAUUGACCAAGCUGCUGGUGAAUGGAGUCCAGCCUCCUGUAAUUGGAGAAAAGAAAAGGGUCAUUGUGGACUUUUCUUCCCCAAAUAUUGCCAAAGAAAUGCAUGUAGGACACCUACGUUCCACAAUCAUCGGUGACAGUGUAUGUCGUCUGUUUGAGUUUGUGGGCCAUGAUGUGCUGAGGUUAAACCAUUUAGGUGAUUGGGGUACUCAAUUUGGUAUGCUGAUUGCUCACCUUCAAGAUCAAUUCCCAGAUUAUAUAACUGUCUCUCCACCAAUCGGAGAUCUUCAGUCAUUCUAUAAGGAAUCGAAGAAGAGAUUUGACGAAGACGAGGAAUUUAAAAAACGGGCCUACCAGUGUGUGGUGCUACUGCAGAGCAAAAGUCCCGACAUAAUUAAAGCCUGGAACCUGAUCUGUGAUGUGUCCCGACAAGAGUUUCAGAAAAUAUAUGACUGCCUGGACAUUAGCAUCAUUGCCAGAGGAGAAUCGUUUUACCAGGACAGGAUGGUUGGGGUUGUGAGGGAGCUUGAAGAAAAAGGCUUUGUUGAAAUAGAUGAAGGCAGAAAGAUCGUAUUUGUCCCUGGCUUUUCUGUUCCUUUAACCAUUCAGAAAUCUGAUGGAGGAUUUACCUAUGAUACAUCUGACCUAGCUGCCAUAAAGCAGAGACUGAAUGAGGAGAAAGCAGAUAUUAUCAUCUAUGUGGUAGACAGUGGGCAGGGCAUACAUUUGCAGACAAUAUUUGCAGCAGGUCAUAUGAUUGGAUGGUAUGAUCCAAAAGUUACGCGAGUGGAACACGCUGGCUUUGGUGUUGUCCUUGGAGAAGACAAGAAGAAAUUUAAGACUCGAUCAGGUGACACAGUGCGGUUAGUGGACUUACUAGAAGAAGGUCUGAAGCGCUCCAUGGACAAGCUAAAGGACAAGGAAAGAGAUAAGGUUCUGACUCCAGAGGAACUAAAAGCUGCACAGACAUCAGUUGCCUUUGGGUGCAUCAAGUAUGCUGACCUAUCCCACAACCGAAUGAAUGACUACAUCUUCUCAUUCGACAAGAUGUUGGAUGAUCGUGGGAACACAGCUGCCUACCUUCUCUAUGCAUUUACCAGAAUAAGGUCAAUUGCAAGAUUGGCAGAGAUCAGUGAUGAGGCUCUGCGUGCUGCUUCUCAGAAUACAGAGAUCACUUUGGAGCACGAGAAGGAAUGGAAGCUUGGCAAAUGUAUCCUGAGAUUCCCAGAGAUACUGCAGAAGAUCUUGGAUGACCUCCUUCUCCACACACUGUGUGACUACCUGUACGAACUGGCCACUACUUUCACCGAGUUCUAUGAUAACUGCUACUGUGUUGAAAAAGACAGACAAACUGGUCAGAUAGUUAAAGUGAAUAUGGCCAGAAUGCUUCUGUGUGAUGCAACUGCUGCAAUCAUGGCGAAAGGAUUUGACAUACUUGGAAUUAAACCUGUACAGAGGAUGUAAUAUUUGUGCCAUUUUCUCCGUCCGUCAUAUGCAAAGAAACCAUACAAUCAUCUACUUUUCUAAAGAGUCAAACAAAAUGAAAAUAAAAUUAUUUGAUCAAA